GUAACAUGAAGAUAUGGUCGUUUGUAAAAAUAAAAGGGAUGCGCAUCUAGCUUUGAAUCAAAUAACAAACUAUCGUAACCGCUUAAAUAGUGAAAAAGAUGAUUUGCUGGUUCAAGCUCUAAAUCGGUUGAUGAAUGUGUUUCAAAGUAGACUGUUUUUAGGUCUACUUGAUAUACAAGAAUUUUAUGAAGCUAUCCUAUUAGAUCCACAGAAAACCAAAGAAGAGAAAACAUCAGCCGCUCUUGAAAUUGCAUCAAGAUGGGAAAAUAUAUCAAGUCCAUCGUUAGUGGCCUCCACAACCGAUUUGAGAAUACCACAUAGUUUAUUAAAUAAAACAGAUUGUUUUGAUAGAGCGCGUUCAAUGUAUCAUAUCAAUUUGGAUGAUUUACAAAAGCCUUAUUCAUUACAACCUACACAAUCAUCACCCUAUCAUGGUGAUCAACAUGCAAUUAACUCAAAUAAAUCAUGGAAGCGUAUAGAACCAAAUUUAAAAUAUGAAUAUCAACUAUCUAAUUCAUUACAUAAUGUAAAACAAUCAUCAUCAUUUGAGAAUUUAUCCAAUAAUGGAAUAAAAAGAAAUAUUAACACCAAAUUAAGAACAGAAAAUUCUAUUUAUGCUCAUGAUCAGUCUGAUAAGAGAAUCAAUGAUAUAAAACUAUCACCUGAAAUUCCUGUGGCAAAACCACGUCAGAAACGUUUAAAACGACCAAAAUCAACUUUAACUCGUGAUUACGACGUGAGUUUGUCCAGAAAACUAAAUGAAAGUUCAAAUGAUCAUUUAUCUAUUCAAGAUGAUAUUCCAUCAGAUGAUUUAAAUGAUAGACAAUGGGCUUUACUUAGUCGUUUGCCUAUUACUAUGGAAGUUAUUAUUGAAAAAGGAUCUAAAGGAUUUGGAUUUAGUAUUGCAGGUGGACAUGAUAAUACUUUAGGUCCAGACGAUAAUGAUACUGAUGUGUAUGUAACACGAGUUAAUCCAGGUGGUCCUGCAGAUCAUGAAUCUGGUUUACAAUUUGGUGACAGAAUAUUAUCAGUCAAUGGUAUUAGUCUUAUCGGUGCUACACAUAAUGAAGCAGUUAAAGCAUUACAACUGGCUGGUUCCAAAUUGAAAUUGAUAGUUGAACGUAAAGCAGAACUGGCUACUCAUGAACAAUAUUCAUUAUUGUCGUGUUCUUCAUCCUAUUCUCAUCCUAAAACUCCAACGAAAGCUACAAAAGAUACUAUGAAAAUAUCACCAUCAAGCGUUCAGCCGUCAGAUCAUCAACCAUCUUCAUCUAAUCAAUCACUGAAUGCACAGAAUAUUGAAUCAACAGCUAGUACAAAUACAGGUAGUACAGGAGGAGUGAAAAGUAUUGAAUGUGGAGCGAGUAUAACAACAACUAGCCUGAUAAGUAGAUCACUAUUUGAUCAUAGAGAUAGUAAGAAUACAUUAAAUUCAACAACAACAACAAUGUCGUUAAACAAAUUACCUCAUAAAUCAACCAGUGUUCAUGUAUCACCUUCAAUGACUGGAGUAAUUGUUGUACCAGACGAUCAAAAGACUAAUAAUAAUGCUCACAAAUCAUCGGACGAUUUCAAUGCUGUUACAGUACAAAGUAACCAAAAAGGUAGUCAAGCUAGUAUUAGAUUGAAUAGUACUGGUUCAAGAUUGUCUCGGCGUGGAGUGGCAUGCGCUGGAUUCCCAGCUUUUUCUUGGUGUAGUGGUCUACAACGUGUGACUGCUGGAUGUGCAUCAUUAAGCCGUGGUCAUCAUAGUCUACAAGGAAGUAGUAAAAAUUCUAGCCAACAGAAGUUAAGAGGAAAUAGAAAAUCUCAAAGAUCCGUCCAAUCUAACGAAUUUACAAAUGUUGGUGUCAGACCUACACCAGCUCCAAAGCCUGGUCCACUUGUUGUGGAUGUACUUCUCACUAGAGGAACAAAAAGCGGUUUAGGAUUCAGUAUAACUGGUGGUGUUGGAAAUGAAACAAUCAAUGGAGACUCAGGAAUAUUUAUAACUAAGCUUACUCCUGGUGGUGUUGCAGAAACAGAUGGUCGAAUUCGUAUUGGUGAUAGAAUUGUUCAAGUAAAUGAUACACCGCUUAUUGAUGUAACACAUGAACAAGCAGUUCGUGUUUUAAAACAAGCUGGUGAUCAGGUUCGACUUGUUCUGGUGAAGUAUGUAAAUAAUUGUUCAUCUCGUCAAACUUCAUCGACAGGACUGAAAACUGAAUUAAGUGAACUCAAUGAUCAAGAUGUUAUUGUUUGCAAUGAUGAUUUCAAUCAUCGAAACGCUUAUGAUAGUAAAAAUGUUUCACCUAUAUGCUAUACUAAAUCAUGUUCAUCAUCAGGUUCAUUAUCGUCAAUUCACAGAUCAGCUUCUGUUUCUCCUUCUGCUGUUUCCUCUCGUGCAUCUUCCAUUUCGGAACCAUCUGUAUCUGAUUCUUGCCAUGCUGAAUCAUCAUCCGGUCAUCCAGUAGAGUUUGAUGUAAAUCAACAAGAAGAUCCAACUGGACAUCAGCAACCAUUAUCGGUUCCUUCAAAAUCAAAAACAAAUCGUAAUUUAAAUUCUAACGAUCAAGACCAUACUCAUCAUCGUCGUCAUCGAACUGGGACAACGAAGAAAGCUCAUUCAUCCUCAGUAAAAACUAAUGAACGAUAUCACUCUUCACCAGAUUUAUCAAAUGAAAAGUGUCCCAAAUCACAAACAGUCAUAACAACAAAUAAUCCAUGCUUUGCAUCAACUGGUCAAGAACUACUGGAAAAUAAAAUGGUUGGUAUAAUUGAUUAUGUUGCUGCUGCUUCAGUAUCCAGCUUACUUAAUGAAUGGCCAAAUGCUCGUCUAGUCACAUUGUAUCGAAGUGGUCGUAAACGAGUUACUUCUAUGAAUCGAAAUCAAACAGAUAAUUAUGAUACUGUUCAACGUGGUUGUUCAUCAAACAGUGGACGAAGUCUUGGUUUAAAUAUUGUUGGUGGUGAUGGCUCAGAAGCAACGUUUAUUUCUCAUGUACAACCUGAUAAACCGGCUGGUCUAUCAAAACGAAUCUUAGUUGGAGAUCGAUUAUUGACAGUUAACGGUGUAGACGUAGCUAAGUAUGGGCAUGAGAAAGCUGCCGCAGCUUUACGAGAUGCUCGUGAUCGUGUUGAUCUUCUACUAGUCUAUAGUCCUGAAGAAUAUGCUGAAUUUGAACAACAUUUCUGUCGUCAACUUAAAGCAGUUGGUCAUAAAUUAUCUAACAAAUGCUUACAUUCAUUCAAAACUAAAAAUGCCAAUGGAAUAGGAAAAGACAAUAAACAUAAAGAAUCACCAGUUACCAGCGAUCAAAUAAAAAAACAAACUGAAAUAAAUAAAGAUAAGCUGAAACAAAAGAACGCUGAGCAUUUAGACAAACACCAUCGUCAACAACAACAACAACAACAACAACAACAACAGCAGCAGCAAAAAUGUCAAUCAACGAAUAAGGAAAAAGUUGAAGAGAAUGAACCGAAUGAAUUGAAUGAAUAUCCUAAUGUAUUAUUAUUACGAUGUCAAGUUGAUUAUGAUCCAAUGAAAGAGAAUCAUCAACAAACUAUACCUAAAAAAGUAUUCACUUUAAGGUCAGGUGAUUUAGUGUAUGUUAUUAAUACAAUUGAUCCUGAAUGGUGGCAAGCUCAGAGAUUCGAUUCAGAAAUCAAUGAACCAACCGGUCCAAUUGGUCUAAUUCCUAGUCGUUUACGCUUAGAAAGAAAAGAACGCACAAGAACACGUCAUGUAAAUUUUAUGGCUAGUAGACAUAGUCGAUCUAUUGAUACCCCAUCAAUUAAAUCAAACGACGCGUAUGAAAGAAAGAGAAAAAAUGAGAAACAAUCAUUGAAAUUAUCAAAUUCCACGCAUUCUUUAAUGGAAACUGUUAGUCAAUCUAGAGAAUCUUAUUAUACAAAAAGCAAUACAAUCACUGGUAACUUGUCACAUGAUUUGAAACAUAAAAGUCGUAGCGAAUCUUCUCGUCGUCGUCGUCGUCAUCAUCAUCGUGAUCAUCAACAUCAUCCAUUAUCUUAUAUAUCUGUGACUCCAGUUCAUUUGAGUUUUGCUAGACCAGUUGUUAUUUUGGGAUAUAUGAAAGAUAGAAUUGCUGAUGAACUGUUAUGUGAAUUUCCAGAUCUAUUUGGAACUGCAAUUCCAUAUACAACUCGAUUACGUCGACCACAUGAAGUUGAAGGUCGUGAUUAUCAUUUCGUAAUUAGUCGAGAAAUAAUGGUUGCUGAUAUAGCUGCUCACAAAUAUUUAGAAGCUGGUGAAUACAAUGGCAAUUUAUAUGGUACUCAUUUAGAUUCUGUAUUUGAAGUGUCCGAAUUAGGAUUGCAUUGUUUAUUGGAUGUUGGUGGACCAGCAUUGAAACGUUUAGAAUCAGCUGGAUUGCCACCAAUUGCUAUUCUUGUACUACCUGAAACAUUGCCAACUGAUAAGACUGUUGAUACUGACAGUCGUGGUCAUGUUGAUGGUGAUGUUAAUGAUGACGGAUGUUCUCCGUCUGCAAAUGAACAAAAAUCACAAAAGAAACCUAAACUGAAAAAAUGCACAUCUAUUGAAUCGGCUGCAUUUAAAGGUCUACAAAGUAAACUUAGUCGUUUAUUACAACAUUUUACUUCUUUCCUGACAGCAAUUAUCACAACAGAUGAUUAUGAAACAGCUUAUGGUCGCGUUAAAGAAAUCAUUUUCAGUAAUACUGGACCUAUUGUCUGGUUAAAUUCACCUCAGCCAAUACCAUGAUGAUAAUAACAGUAAAAAUUAAAUAUUACAAAUCAAUUUACCACAUUUUAUAUAGCCUUAUCUCAUUAUAUAUAAUGUUCACAUAUAGUUGUGUCUUAAAUAGAACUCAUUCGCCAUAAAUGAAAUCUCUUCCCUGUUCAAAUACUCAGUUCACAGAUAUUUUUCAUUGAUCUUCCAUGUUGUUAAUAUUGCUUAUUUUAGUAAAAAUGAUGAACUAUUACAAAUAAUUAGAAGCAUCUAAUUUCUCAUAUUUUACAAUGUAUUCCUG